GGGCGGGGCCCAGGUCGGCGGGGAGGGGGUCAGCUCUGCGGCGGCGCGCGCACACCCUCCCGGCUCACACGCCCUUGCCCGGCCGUGCACUUGUCUUCGCGCUCGGGCCGGGCGCUGGGGCUCCGGCGGCGGCGGCCGUCCCCGGCCGGUCAAAGAGAGAAGAAAGGCAGCUCAGCCCCCUGCCAGCCAAGUGGUAAUCCAGCAGGACUGAAAGGGACAGGCCCUUUGGUGGUGGCUCAUCAGGGAGACCCCUGCACACCAGGGUCAGCGCAGGAGUCCAGUCACUGAGCCAUGCUGGGCCCCGGGUGGCCUACAGUGAGCCCAACCCCGGCACCCACAUAGUCAUGAACAGCCACAGCCACAAUGGCUGUGGGGGGCGGCCGCUGGGCAGUGGGCUAGGUGCCUUGGGCAGAGACCCUUCAGAGCCCGAGGCCAGCCACCCCCCCCAGCCCCCACCUGGCCCAGGCCUCCAGGUGGUGGUGGCCAAGAGCGAGCCAGCCCGGCCUUCACCUGGCAGUCCCCGGGGGCAGCCCCAGGACCAGGAAGAAGAAGAAGAUGAUGAAGAGGAUGAGGCAGGCAGGAGGAGGGACUCAGGGAAGACCCCAAAUGUGGGCCACCGCCUGGGCCAUCGGCGGGCACUCUUUGAGAAGCGGAAGCGCCUCAGCGACUAUGCCCUCAUCUUCGGCAUGUUCGGCAUUGUUGUGAUGGUGACCGAGACGGAGCUAUCCUGGGGGGUCUACACCAAGGAGUCCCUGUACUCAUUUGCACUCAAAUGCCUCAUCAGCCUCUCUACAGUCAUCCUGCUGGGCCUGGUCAUCCUCUACCACGCCCGGGAGAUCCAGCUGUUCAUGGUGGACAACGGGGCGGAUGACUGGCGCAUCGCCAUGACGUGCGAGCGCGUGUUCCUCAUCUCUCUGGAGCUAGCCGUGUGCGCCAUCCACCCGGUGCCCGGCCACUACCGCUUCACGUGGACGGCCCGCCUGGCCUUCACAUACGCGCCGUCGGCAGCCGAGGCCGACGUGGACGUGCUGCUGUCCGUCCCCAUGUUCCUGCGCCUCUACCUGUUGGGCCGCGUCAUGCUGCUGCACAGCAAGAUAUUCACGGACGCUUCCAGCCGCAGCAUCGGCGCGCUCAACAAGAUCACCUUCAACACGCGCUUCGUCAUGAAGACGCUCAUGACCAUCUGCCCCGGCACCGUGCUGCUCGUCUUCAGCAUCUCCUCCUGGAUCAUCGCUGCCUGGACUGUGCGAGUCUGUGAGAGGGAAAACAUGUACCACGACAAGCAGGAAGUGACCAGCAACUUUUUGGGGGCCAUGUGGCUCAUCUCCAUCACCUUCCUCUCCAUCGGCUAUGGUGACAUGGUGCCCCACACCUACUGCGGGAAGGGCGUGUGUCUGCUCACUGGCAUCAUGGGGGCCGGCUGCACAGCACUCGUGGUGGCCGUGGUGGCCCGGAAACUGGAGCUCACCAAGGCAGAGAAACAUGUGCACAACUUCAUGAUGGACACUCAGCUCACCAAGCGGGUAAAAAAUGCCGCUGCUAACGUUCUCAGGGAGACGUGGCUCAUCUACAAACACACCAGGCUGGUAAAGAAGCCAGACCACGCCCGGGUUCGGAAACACCAGCGUAAGUUCCUCCAAGCCAUCCAUCAAGCUCAGAAGCUCCGGAGUGUGAAGAUUGAGCAGGGGAAGCUGAAUGACCAGGCCAACACGCUCGCCGACCUGGCCAAGGCAUAUCUACAUAGAGGCUUUAAAAUUGGAGAGAAAACAAGAUUCUUUUUGGAUAUAUGGAUACAAAUUCAAAUGAUAGCAUUAGCAGAAAGCUUAUUUGUGCAGCAGUUAAAUAUCUUUCAGGAAAUUAAAGUUGGCUGCAGGAGCUCUCUAAGACCAGUUUCUGGAAUCUCUCUGUUGGUUUCAUUGUCAAGCCCGACCCUGUUCCCCGCUUUUUAUUCAUCCACUACAAGAUGGGACAGGUGACCCAUCUUUAGCCAGGCAAGCUCUUAGAAUAUCUGCCACGUGAUUCUGAGCUCCCUUCUGAGCAGCAGCAAACCUUUCACGAAUGGUUCACAUGUGAACUCGGCUCACUGGCUCCAACCCAUAAUCAGUUAAUUAGUCUGAGGUUAAUUUAAUAUUAUCUUUGGAAGAUGUUAAGUCCUAUUCUCCUUCUUAUACCCAGAGCGUUUUGGACUCAUUCUCUUCAUCAUUAUCAAGAGAAUGCAGUGUGAUAUUAACCUACAUAUAUUUAAUUUGGAAAGAAACAUUAUAGAUAGGGGGAAAAAAAAACCAUAUUGUAGAGCCCUGAAGAAAUCACUUGGUGGUAGCAAGAACAUAAUCCUAAGAGCAUACAGAAACCCUUGCCAAACUAAUUUGAUGUCCUAUGAGAUUAUAGCUAGAAAUACAUACGAAAUGCCUUUGAAAAGCUCAGGUACUAGUUAUUAUAAUUGGGAUUAUCCAUAUCGCACUUCCUUCCAUUAGUAUAGAUGAUUGAAGUUUGAAUUUUUCAGAGUUAUUUAAACCUCUCAAUCAUGGUAGUAUAGUCCUCUCCGUACAUUUAACAAAGCCUCCUUUGAAGUAAGGCUUUAAUUGGAUGGGAUUAUAGGGUUCCUAAUUUUUAAAAUUUAAUAAGGUUAAAAUGUUUUCCAGUAUUAAACUUUAAUGCGCUCCUACCCAACGUCGCUGAUUUAAUUUGUGUAUCUCUGACAAAAGUAAAACGCAUAUUCUACGUUUUGAAGAAUUUAAACCUCAGGCCAGAAAAAAAUCAUCAGAGACCAGGUGCCUUCAGAUGUUCCCCUAGGCCCUGGGGACUGUGGUGCCCUGAUGCAGGCCAGGGUGAGGGUCAAGUGACCCUAAGAGGGGACCCGGGAAGACCUACCGAGGCUCAGGCACGGAGGCUGGAAGGCAGAGGCUAGCGGUAGAAGGCGGAAGGCAGCAAGGCGCCGCGCUAGGUGCCUCAUCUUGUCCCCCUGCUGGGCAGCGGGAGGCUGGGGGCUCUUUUCCCCUCAGCACCAAUCCUCCCACUCAGUGCUGCCUGCCUGGGGGUCCGGUGGACACCCCACUGAGGUUAGAGAUGAGGAACAGUGUUCUGUCGCCGUCUGGUGGCGAGAGCGGCGCUGCGCCCAGGUCUGAGUGGCCGCCUCCCCUCCGGGGUCCAACUGGACGUUGGCAGAACCGGCUCCUGCUUGUUGGCUUGUGGGGAGCAGGCGAGGCGGUGGGGAUACCUCAUCGCCUGUACGACUGUUACAGUCCUUGUUGUGGCUGCUGUGCUCCCCGAUCUGUGAUUGGGUCAGAUCCUUGGACUGGUCACUGCCCCCCUGCCCUGCCCCACCCUGCCGCUGACCCUUGUCCCUCCCCAGUCUAAUGUGGGGUGCGGGAGGGACGGUGGUUUACAACUGGGCCUCCUCCCCCUCGACCAUGUUCCCAGCCUGGAGCAGCGUGAGCCCAGAACCGGCAUGCCUUCCCCCAUCCCGGGACCACCCCAACCUUCCCCAGGCCUGGGGGUCCCCAGCCUGGCAUUCAAGACCUGUCUCUCCUCUCGCCCAUUCCCUGCGGUACAGCGAGAGACCUGUGGGGCAGGGGUGUC